AUGUGGGCACCAUGGGCAACCUUCCUGGCUUUGUGCAUUGGCCUCGUCCCCGUCGUGUCUGGGGAGGUGGUUGGGAGGCCGCCGCCUGUCUCGACGUGUGAUGGCAGCAUGUCGUCGCCAUGCACGCCUGAGGCGGACUCAUCAAUGUUGCUGCAGAAGCGGGCAGAUGCCGCCUAUCUGCAAGAGGACGGAAGCGAGGUGAUGUCGGCUUCAACGACCUCUGGCCCCACAAUGCCAAGACCACCGAGUUCCGAGUUGGCUGCCGACGCACAUCCCAACGACACCGAGAUCCUCGUGACGGAUGUUUCUGGAUUUCACGUGGGCGACCACAUCGUUAUCCAGGACGAUGCCCAGAUUGGCGAAGAGCGAGUGAUCCUGGACAUCAUUGAAGACCCACAGUUAGCACAGCAGGGAGCAGAUGCCACCCGCUUCUUCGGCAAAGGACGCCUUAUCAUCGACAAGCUUAAAAAGUUCUUCCGCAAGAAACUGCGGGCAUUGGUGAGAGACAUCAUCAAAACGACGACCACCACCACCACCACAACCACCACGACUGCAACCAGCACCACAGUCACUACAACUACGAGCGCCACGACCACAACAAGCAGGACGACGACGACCACCGCUACGACCACGAUCCCCACCACUACGACAACGAGGACUACAACUACUUCCACCACCACCACCGCCGCCACCACCACCACCACCACCACAAGCACGGUGAAAACACAGAGUUUCGUCACGCAAGACCUCCCGAUCGGCACGACGGAAGUUGCCGUGAAUGAUGUUUCGCCUUUCAGCGUAGACGACGUGAUCAUCAUUUCUGAUGGAACCCAGGAAGAGACACGGACAAUUCGUGACAUCAUCUUUCUUCCCACUCCCACCUUGAUGCAAUCAGGGAGUGAACGAACGAGUUCCAGCAGCUCCGCUGCUCCUGGGCUCUUAGUCGUGGAUCCAUUGACUUUGGCGUUCAACGCUGCAGAUUUCCCUCGUCUCCAGCUCACUGCACGCUUGAUUUGCUGUGGAUGUCAGUUUGCUGAUGACGAAGUCGAGAUCAGGCAGCCUGCAGACGAUGCGACGGACUGUGCUGAACAGUGUCCUGAAGGUGGUGGAUCCUACCUCACUCUCGACACUUCAGCGCCUACUACCGAACUUCCAGUUGGCUCAACACAGAUUCCCGUCGAUGACGUGUCGCCCUUCGGCGUAGGUGAUGUCAUCGCCAUUGGUGCGAUGAUGCUCAGGAGGACCGUUCUCGACAUCAACAUGGAGAAUUUGAUAGUGGACCCCUUGAAUGUCUCCUUCAACGCAGGUGCUGAAGUUCAACUCGCUGCACGCUUCCUUUGCUGUGGAUGUCAGUUCUUUGAUGCACCCUGGAAAGAUUUAGUGAAUAUGCAUGGGCCACGGGGCCAAGCAAAAGCACGCACGAGCAUGCGGACAUUUGUUGAUAGCAUUGUUGGCAGUGCUUCGGAAGAAGUCGUUGUCCGCACAGCUACGGAGGACGCGGUAGACUGCGCUCAGAACAAAUGCCCGCCAGGCAUUCAGACAUACAUCACCUUGGGCACCGUCAGCGACCCCCCUUCUUGUUGGUCUUGCUCUCCGUCUCCCGUGCUGAGCUCUACCGGACGGGGUGAUGUCAUCGCCAUUGGUGCGAUGAUGCUCAGGAGGACCGUUCUCGACAUCAACAUGGAGAAUUUGAUAGUGGACCCCUUGAAUGUCUCCUUCAACGCAGGUGCUGAAGUUCAACUCUCUGCACGCUUCCUUUGCUGUGGAUGUCAGUUCUUUGAUGAAGAAGUCGUUGUCCGCACAGCUACGGAGGACGCGGUAGACUGCGCUCAGAACAAAUGCCCGCCAGGCAUUCAGACAUACAUCACCUUGGGCACCGUCAGCGACCCCCCUUCUUGUUGGUCUUGCUCUCCGUCUCCCGUGCUGAGCUCUACCGGACGGGGCGCCAGGUGCGCGUACCAGGUGGGCAAUUUCCAGAAUCCAGUCGCACUCCCUCCGUCGCCGUAG